CUUCCUGGCUGUCAAACUGCUGCGAGAGCGGGAGCGGGAGCAGGAUCACUGGCCUUUUUGUGAAGAAGGAUAUUGCCUGGAGCACAGACUGCACUACGCGGAUAGAUCUGAAACUGGGCUGGUGCCGGGAAGUAAAAGGCCGUUUUGCCUUGCGGAAUUUCAAGGAACUUCUUCUCGUUUGAUCCCAUCCAGAGAAGCCGGGAAAUUGGAGGCUCCUCGGAUGUUUGAUGGCCUAAGGAUCCAGCUUAACUGAGGUGUCAUAGGACGUGUUCCUGUUUUUGCGUUGGGCCAGCACCCUCCCGGAAUUCUUUAGUUGCAAAUUUGCUUGAUAAUCAACUUUAUAUUGCAUUCAGUCUACUUGAGCUCUGAAUUUUCACUAUUCGAGCUUUGUACUCAAGGUUGAAAUUACACACAACCCAACUCACUUUUCAAACUGAAAAGUUAACUAAAGCUAGAGGUGCAUGUCUGAGAAGUGGAAAAGGUGAUGGAUUCCUGAGAAAUAAGGUGGUGUGGAGGGGGCACCGCUCAUGCUACCCUGCUUCCAACUACUACGCAUAGGGGGUGGCAGGGGCGGUGAUCUCUACACCUUCCAUCCCCCCACUGGGGCUGGCUGCACCUAUCGCUUGGGCUGCAGGGCCGACCUAUGUGAUGUGGCCCUGCGGCCCCAGCAGGAACCUGGCCUCAUCUCUGGAAUCCACGCAGAGCUGCAUGCUGAGCGCCGGGGUGAUGACUGGAGGGUUAGUGUGGAAGACCACAGCAGCCAAGGGACUUUGGUCAAUAAUGUCCGACUCCCAAGGGGCCACAGAUUGGAGUUGAGUGAUGGUGACCUCCUGACCUUUGGCCCUGAAAGGCCUCCUGGAACCAGCCCCUCGGAGUUCUACUUCAUGUUCCAACAAGUCCGGGUCAAACCUCAGGACUUUGCUGCCAUUACAAUCCCACGGUCUAGGGGAGAAGCCAGGGCUGGUUUCCUGCCCAUGCUGCCCUCCCAGGGGGCCCCACAGCGGCCCCUCAGCACCCUCUCCCCUGCUCCUAAGGCUACACUGAUCCUCAACUCCAUUGGAAGCCUCAGCAAGAUCCAGCCCCAGCCUCUCACCUUCUCCCGGAGUGGGGGUGGGCCACAGAGCCUGCCUAUUCCCACUCCAGCUGGGGAAGUGGGUACCUCGCCUGCCCCACCCCCAAGAAAUCGGAGAAAAUCAGCUCACAGAGUGUUGGCAGAAUUGGACGAUGAGAGUGAGGCUCCUGAGAGYCCCCAACCAGUCCUCACAGAGCCCAGGAAGAAACUCCGUGUAGAGAAAACCCCACUGACACCCAGUGGGAGGGAAUGACCACAAGGAGAGGUCCAUUGCUAUGGACACUGAUUCAGGGCCUGAAGCAGGCCCUCAUGGCCAAGGUGGUUUCCUGCCAAAGAAAGUGCUGCCUCUACCAGAAGUUGCCAGUGAGCUGGAAAUUCCCACUGUUACAAGCUGUAAGGCCUUGUUGUCAUGGACACCAAAAUAUAUCAUCCAGCACAUAUCAUCUGCAGAAGCUAUGCCUGGGAAGAAACAAGAGGGAGUUGCUAAUGUCCUUGAAUGGCAUCUACCUAAUACACUCUAGGAAAACCAAGGGCACAGUCCUGCCCRCCCCCAACUUCCUUAUACUGCUUAGUCCUCUCCCUGACCRUAUCUCUGAUCUGGAUUUUCAGAGCUUUGCUUUUAUUUCCAAAUAAAAAUCAAGCAGCUUCAUUCA